AUGUCCCUGGAAGAGUUCCUAGGAGAUGAUAGUUUAGGGGAGUCUGUUUGGAAUGAAGAUGAUAUUAAUUUGGAUGCUAUUAGUAAUACGACAAGUCUUGAUUUGUUGAAAAGUAAGAGUCAGAAACAUGACAGCGACUCCCAUCAUCCGUUUGGGUAUCAACAACAUUCAUUUCAUGGCAAUGAUCAUCCUUCCUUUGCCAGUAAAGGUCCUCCGUAUAUUGUUAAAUUUUCUCAAUUACCUCCAAGAUUCUCAGAUGCUGAUAUAAAUGAAUUAUUCCAUGAGAAAUACACCAAAUUCAUUAAAUUCAAGUUGUUUUGGGAAUUGAAUAAGAACCCUUCCAUUGCGACUUUGAAAGAGGGUAGUAUAUUUGAUCAGAAUUUCAAGAGAACGGGAAAGGUUGGUUUUGUAGAGCUUUACUCUGGUCGUGAUAUGGACAAAGUGCUAAAAUACUGGACUACACCACUAGCAACGAUCCACAAUAUCAAACUGGAACCGGCAGAGUUUGAAGACUUUAAAGAAUACAGACUUAAAGGUGAAUUGUUAAAGGAUUCCAAAGAUGAUGCAGGUAGACCAUACAUUGCUCCAAGGCACAAAUCUAAUCCAUUCGGGUCUGCAAAACCAGUUGAUACCCAGUCAAAGAUCUUAGAUAUUGAGGAGAAGGUCGGGAAAUUACAUAUAGAGGACACAAGAAUCCUUAGAAGACUCUCGGGUGGUGAUCCGGGCCCAGUGUUGCAACCAGGUAAGGUGACACUUUUGAAGAAGACUCCAGAAGAACAGGAAAAGAAAAAGCCUUUGAGUUAUCUAGAUGUUGUCAAGAAAUCUGCCGAAGACGGUAAGAAACCGAGUGCAAGUUCAAGCGCCAAUGCAACGCCUUCGCCAAAUAUGAAGCGUGCAAGCUUGGAUGCUGAAGUUGUGGCCAACUCAGCUAUCAAUGUGUUAGCCGAGAACAAUGAUGAAAUAAAGGUUGCGGACGAAAAUGGAAGAGCUUUUCAAUUCAAAAAUUCAGAGAGAGACCACGAUGCUGUAGGAUAUCAAUCCUAUGACCGCCCACCCAGAGGUGGAAGAGGAGGAGGUUAUGGAAGAGGUCAACCUAGUGGUUAUCGUGGAGGCCGUGGAGGAAGAGGAGGAAGAGGAGGGCGUGGAGGGCCCCGUCAUCAAUAUCGCGAUCAGAACGAGAACGAAAACUACCGUAAAUCAAACAGGCAAAACAACUCACCACAGGACUUGAGAAAUAAUCAAGGCCAUAAUAACAGUGCCGGAAACAAUUUUCAGGAAGAGAAACGUUACUCCAUGUUUAAACCUGCAAGCGGUUUCUUGCACGAGUCUGGUAACGAAUCUUCGAAUUAUAAACAUAAUUACAGAGGGAAUUCCAACAAUCACCGCGGUCAUAAUAAUCGUGGCAGGUUUACUCCUGCGUAA